GUGGCAUUGAAAAACACGGAGGAGUCCUGAUAUUUAUGCAUCCAAAGGAAAACGAUGAAGCAAUAAUCAGAUCAAGAAUCCUCAUUUUUUCGAUCUUCUUGCCAUGGAAUUGCCUGCAGCCAAGAGGCAGUUCAGCACCACCAGCCAGGGCAAAGAAGUUUCAGGGAUCAGUGCUUACAGUCCUUACCACCAGAGAUACCAAUCGUGUCCUCCUGAGGUCUACCGUCGUCAGGCUUCUUCUUACAGCGUUCCAUCUUCGGAGCUGAGCAGGAGCUCGGUUCGCAGCAGCGGCUCGUUCAAGGCUGCGGCGCAGAGUCUGGCCGGAGUUUUCAGUUCUUGCUUCGUGCCCCGGAAGUCCAGAGCUGAUGCAGAAUUCGAGAUUUCUCAGACGACGAUUUCUCAGGGGAGCAGAAGUACAGGUUACCAUGUCUCCGUUGAUUCAGCAGGGACAGGGUAUCCCCAAGAAAGUACAGAGCUCACUGUUGCAGAAAUAUUUAAGGCAACCUCAAACUUCAGUGACAAGAACAUGAUUAGGCAGGGGAGUCAUAGCAGCAUGUACAGAGGGAAACUCAGGGAUGGAUCUGAAAUUGCCAUCAAAUGUGCCAGAAAGUUAAAUAGUCAGUAUGUAUCACCUGAGCUUAGGAGAGAGCUUGAAAUCCUUCAGAAAAUUGAUCACAAGAAUCUAGUGAGGUUCCUAGGAUUCUUCGAGCGUGAAGAUGAGAGUCUGACCGUCGUUGAGUAUGUCAGCAAUGGUUCCUUAAGGGAACACUUGGAUGAAUCAUGUGGAAAUGGUUUAGAACUUGCGCAGCGGCUCAACGUCGCGAUCGACGUAGCUCAUGCUAUCACAUACCUGCACGAAUUCAAAGAGCAGCCGAUCAUCCACCGGAACGUCAGAUCGUCGAACGUGAUGCUGACAGACACGCUGACGGCGAAGCUGGGCGGCGUCGGGCUCGCGCGGAUGGCCGGCGGCGAGAGCUCGGAGUCGGAGGACACGCAGGGGAAGAGCGCCGCCGGGUACGUGGACCCGGAGUACCUGAGCACGUACGAGCUCACCGACAAGAGCGACGUCUACUCCUUCGGCGUCCUCCUCGUCGAGCUCGUCACCGGCCGCCCUCCCAUCGAGCGCCGCCGCGACCUCGACCCCCGCCCCACCACGAAAUGGGCGUUGCAGAGGUUCAGAGGAGGGGAGGUGGUGGUGGCCAUGGACCCCAGGAUCAGGAGGAGCCCGGCGUCCGUGGCGACGGUGGAGAAAGUAAUGGAGCUGGCCGAGCAGUGCGUCGCGGCGGCGAGGAAGGGCCGGCCGUCGAUGCGGCGGUGCACCGAGGCGCUGUGGUCCAUCCGGAGGGAAUUCCACCGCCGGCAGGACGCGCCCGCCGCCGUCGCCGCCGCCCCGAGCCAAGACAAGAGCUCCGAUUGGGUUAAGGUAGUUUAGCAUGCACCGACGUGAAUCGAAUCCUACGUUUUGAUAUGCAACCUUAGUUGAGAUUAGUUGGAAGCCAUAUGCUUUGUGAAUACAACUAUGGUAUUGGGGUUAACAAUCUUUCUUUACAAGGAAGGUAGAAAGAUUGUGUUGUACUAAGUUUGAGUAUUAUAUAUGUACUUCUAUUUAUUUGUAAUUUGUAGAGUUGUCUUGAAUAUGAUGUGAUGAAAAUUCAUCACCCCACCUUUUUCGCUUUCGCUUAUAGAGCUAAAUUUUAAAUUUGAGA